AUGAAUAUUCAAAUAUCUAAGUGUAAACUGAAUUUUGUACAAUUGAACAGUAUUGUAUUUGUUACAAUUGUGCCAUACCGAGCCCAUGCUCUUCUACAUUCUUGGCGGUGGUGGAAGAAACAUUGUCGGCUGAAACGUAAUCAACCAGAAACCUGGGACGCCAAGCUGCCGCAUAAACGAACACGUGCAGGUCCUCUUGUUGGGGGAAAUCAAACGUUAGCUGCGAGGCUCGUCAUAACUUUUUCACAUUAUUUUGCAAAUGCGUUCUUGUUUGACAACAUGCUGUCUAUGUCGAUCACGCUCGUUACUACUAAGAGGUCUUCACGCUUGAUUGGCAGCAACAAAGCUUCGCUUAUGUUAAUCUUGUGUCGUUUAGAAGAAUGA